ACCGUAUCCAGAAUGAAACACAAAAUGUGAGUCUGUUUGUUCAAGUACACUUGGUCAUUUUUCUUUCUUUCUUUCUUUCGCAGGAAGAAGAGAUGUUUCGUCCCAAUAUGUUUUUCCUAUUACUUUUACCACCAAUAAUUUUUGAGUCUGGAUACUCAUUACAUAAGGGGAAUUUCUUCCAGAACAUAGGCUCGAUCACGUUAUUUGCUGUCUUUGGAACAGCGAUCUCAGCCUUCAUCGUGGGAGGGGGAAUCUAUUUCCUGGGCCAGGCUGAUGUUAUUUACAAGAUGACAAUGACAGACAGUUUUGCAUUUGGGUCUCUGAUCUCCGCUGUGGAUCCGGUCGCCACUAUCGCCAUAUUUAACGCUCUGAAUGUGGAUCCUGUGCUCAAUAUGCUGGUGUUUGGAGAGAGCAUCCUAAACGACGCUGUGUCCAUCGUAUUAACAAAGUACGCCUCACUAAAUCAUCAGAACUCUCCUUCUGUCUUCCAGAAAGUCUUUUAGACGAUUGUACAACCCCUGGUGCUGAAACCUAUAUGCAAUCUCAUCCUCAUUCUACAUAUUUCCACUGAAAGAAAAAUAGCUGUGGGCAGAAAAAUCUGCUCUGCACCGGCUUCUAAAACCUGCUGGUCUCGAACCAGGAGCUGUAAACUACUAUUAUUGGCCAUGGGUUGGUAUAAUGUCCUCAGAAAAACAAAACCUCAAAUUACCUCAAAACGUUGUCAAUUCAAAUGCAGACUGGUUGAAAAGAGGUUUGUAGACACCGUUUUGAAGUACUUCUCUGUACUGACAGUCAGGGAAAUUAAAGAAUUUUAGUUUUCUCCAUGAAAAAGUCAUAGAAAGAAAGAAAAUCUUAAAGGUUUUUUUUUAAUCGUUUUUUUUAAUAAUCUUAAUAGCCUGUAGCCAUGCGCUCUUACAAGUUCUACAUGUUACAGACGUUUGUAGGAACACUAAUUAAAUAAAACACUUAAUAGUUUGAUAGGGUCGCAAACCAUUUGCGAAUAAUGUCUGUUUUGUAUUUGAAUUGGUUACCCUCAAGCCAUCAACUUUUGAGUUUAUAGUCAGAGACUGUGAUACUUAUAUAAACAGUUUGAUGAAUAAUGUUCUUAUUCUGCAGGGUAGUUUUUUUUCUAAAA